UUUAAUCGAUAUAGUCGCGCAGAACUGUCUCGAUAGACAACUGAGGCGGGCACCGCAUUUAAAAUCGUCAAGGCUGCAGAUGCAGGAAAAUCCAAAUGGCUUAUUAAGAAAAACGACUAGGGUUUACACAGGCUGCACAUACGAGAAUUCCGGGUAUAAAGAGUGGCGCCUGCGCUGGGUCGUGACAUUAUUCUAACGAAAGCACUGGCGAAAUGGUUCAUUUAGUGACUGAAAAGAAGACGCAGGAGGUGGCAACCAAAGUCCCCAGGCUCCUUCAACUCGGCGGCCACGUGGGGUUCGACACCCUACCGGACCAGCUGGUCAACAAGAGCGUCCAGAAUGGCUUUAGCUUCAAUAUCCUAUGCAUCGGCGAGACCGCUCUCGGGAAAUCCACUCUCAUGGACACACUGUUCAAUACCAGUUUUGGAUCUACACCGAGCCCGCACAACCUGCCCAAUGUGAAGCUGAAGGCAAAUACAUACGAGCUGCAGGAGAGCAACGUCCGCCUGAAGCUGACCGUCUGUGACACGAUCGGAUACGGAGAUCAGGUUAAUAAAGCGGACAGCUACAAGGCUUUGGUGGAGUACGUGGACAGCCAGUUUGAAGCGUAUUUGCAGGAAGAGCUCAAGAUCCAGCGAGCGAUGGCCAGUGCUCAUGAUGGACGCGUUCACGCCUGCCUGUACUUCAUCUGUCCCACGGGCCAUGGUCUGAAAGCUAUGGAUUUGGUGUGCAUGAAGCAGCUUGACACUAGGGUGAACAUCAUUCCCGUGAUCGCGAAGGCCGACACCAUCUCCAAGUCGGAGCUGUCGGGGUUUAAGGAACGCAUAAUGGACGAACUACGGCGGAACAAUGUGAGCAUAUACCAGUUUCCCAUGGACGACGAAACCGUGUCCGAAACAAAUGCUGCGAUGAACGGCCAUCUACCCUUUGCCGUUGUUGGCAGUACGGAGUUUGUAAAGGUGGCCGGAAAGCAGGUUCGUGCCCGCCAAUAUCCAUGGGGAGCGGUGCACAUAGAAAACGAGGCGCACUGCGACUUUGUGAAGCUGCGCGAGAUGCUCAUUCGCACUAACAUGGAGGAUCUGCGCGAACAGACUCACACACGCCACUAUGAGCUCUUCCGCCAGCGGCGCCUACAACAAAUGGGCUUUGUGGACGUGGACAGCAACAACCAGCCGGUCUCCUUCCAACAGACCUUCGAGUCGAAGCGAUCCGACCAUCUGGCUUGCCUACAGGCCAAGGAGGAGGAAGUGCGCCAAAUGUUCGUUCAGCGGGUCAAGCAGAAGGAGAACGAGCUGAAGGACAACGAGAAGGAAUUGCAUACUAAGUUCGACCGGCUAAAACGGGAGCAUUUGGAGGAAAAGGCCCAACUGGAAGAGGCCCGUCGGCAGCUGGAAGAGGAUUGCCAGGAGCUACAGCGUCGUAGGCUCCAGAUGGCCAAUGGUUCGCACACUCUCACCUUGGGCAGGGGCAAGAAAAAGUAGUUAAGUUUAGAAUGUUUUCGAUUUUACUAAAACUGCCUAUGCGAUUAAAUUUCUACAAACCUUACCUAUGACUCCACUCCUAUACCAAGAAGUAUACUAAUUUUGAUAUUUUAUUUCUUUUUAUUUUAACGAUCUAUGAUUUCCAAUUAAACAGUUUAUAAAUAAAUUAUAUUGAAAGAAUUUUAAUUUAGGUUACGAGUUCCAGUAAUUUUAGUUGUAUAAUUAAAUACAAUAAAAAUAUAAAAAAC